CUCUUCCUCUCUAAAUACCCUUUUGACUAGUCUGUAGAUAGUAGCUCAAUAGUACACAACUGUUCUUCGUCUCCCUCAUCAAAGUAAAUUUCGAAGCUUGCUAGCCAGCAGGCGCCAUCACGUUUCUUGUUCCUGGAAAAGAUGGCAUCCUCAUCGAUGACAAAUACAUCGGAUGGCGCAAAGUCGUCAUCAUGUCCGAGAGGCCACUGGCGCCCUGGGGAGGACCAGAAGCUGAAGGAGCUCGUCGAAAAGUAUGGGCCACAGAACUGGAACUCCAUUGCUGAGAAGCUGGAGGGGAGAUCUGGCAAAAGCUGCCGUCUCCGGUGGUUCAACCAGCUGGACCCUCGGAUCAACAAGCGGCCGUUCACGGAGGAGGAAGAGGAGCGGCUGCUCGCCGCCCACCGCGCCCACGGCAACAAGUGGGCGCUCAUCGCCCGCCACUUCCCCGGCCGCACCGACAACGCCGUAAAGAACCACUGGCACAUCGUCAUGGCGCGCCGCAGCCGCGAGCGCUCAAGGCUCCUCACCAGGGCCGCGCACUCUUCGUCGUCCUCGGCGUACCCCUUCGGCGCUGAAGCGCCGGCGACGAACUCGCUCUGCUUCGGCUUCUCUAAGCCAGGUAGCGGCGGCCUGUUCACCUCACUGGCGACUUGUGCUCCGUUGUUCAAGAGCUACGGCGCAGCUACAGGCCAAAAGGGCUUGACGGGAACGAGUUUUGAGGCGGCCAGGUACAGCUACGGCGGCAAGCAGCCGGCAGCGCCUGUCUCCAUCACCUUCUCCUCUCCAAGAGAAGCGCUGGCCAUGGAUAUUGGCCAUGCCCGUCAUGUCGGCCAUGAACAUCACCAAAAGGAUAACCAUGCCAGCGACGGCGAUGAGCCGCUGAAGAGGAAGGACGUGCCCUUCAUCGACUUCCUCGGCGUCGGCGUGUCCUCGUAAAUCGCGUGCGCCAUAGACCAUUCGGCCGGUGAUCAAUCAAUUGCAUUGAUCGGUGUUGUUUAAUUAGGGCAUCAUUAAGUUGCAUGCAAUAGUUCAGGAGAAGUAUGAAGGGUAGGUGCAUCAUAUCGUUGAUGAUCAGAGCUUUGUGAUGAUCAUGUGUUGAUCCAUCGAUCCAAUAAGGUUUCAGACACAUGAUUAAUCCUUAAGUGUUUACCUAGUUACUGAAUUAUUAUGUUAUCUGUCUUAUGAUCAGACAGUGAUCAGAUCCAAUGUGUUCAGAGUUACGGAUUACACUACAAAUCAGUUAAUGCAGCAAAACUCAUGGACUCUAGAAAUCUAGAUUAAUUGACAUCAGAUAUGUAGU